CCUGGUUUCCAGCUGAGUGCUUGCUCUCUCACAGUGUGUGUGUGUGUUGUCAUUAUUAUCCACUCUGCUCCCAGCUCAGAAUGGCCAGAUUCACUCAGACUGAAACAAGAAGGCAGCACCAUCCACAGCAGCCCCAGCCCGCUCACUCCAGCCUGGUUUUCACCGGACCGGGGGCACCACCGACCCAACAACCACUAUUACUUAUCCCACAUCAGCACCAGUAUCCUCAGAUCACAUUCCCGAAACCCAUGAACGGGUCAGAACCCAUUUCAAUUCAUCCGGAGAGCGGCAACAUGAAAGACCAAGAUGCAAUUAAGCUGUUUAUCGGGCAGAUACCGCGGAACUUGGAAGAAAAAGACCUCAAACCCCUGUUUGAACAGUUUGGGAAAAUCCACGAACUGACAGUUCUCAAGGACCGAUACACCGGCAUGCACAAAGGUUGUGCAUUCCUCACCUACUGCGCCCGAGAGUCGGCCAUCAAAGCCCAGAACGCCCUCCAUGAACAGAAAACACUGCCAGGGAUGACUCGCCCCAUCCAGGUGAAACCGGCUGACAGCGAGAGCCGUGGAGAAGACAGGAAGUUGUUUGUUGGGAUGCUGAACAAACAACAGACCGAGGAGGAUGUUUACCGCCUCUUUGAACCCUACGGAGUCAUCGAGGAGUGCACGGUCCUAAGAGGUCCUGAUGGAAACAGCAAAGGCUGCGCCUUUGUCAAGUUCUCCACACAUACUGAGGCUCAGUCUGCAAUCAGUGCCCUCCACGGCAGCCAGACCAUGCCAGGUGCUUCCUCUAGCUUGGUGGUCAAGUUUGCCGACACAGACAAGGAGCGCACCAUCAGACGUAUGCAGCAGAUGGUUGGGCAGUUUGGCAUCUUCAACCCAGCCAUCGCCCUUCCCUUCAGCACCUACAGCUCUUACGCACAUGCGCUCAUGCAGCAGCAGGCAGCCAUCAUGGCAGCAAGCCACGGAGGUUACCUCACACCCAGCGUGGCUUUCCCCGCCACACAGAUCCACCAGAUGGGGGCGCUCAACAUCAACAGCCUCCCACCCACCCCCAUGACCCCGGUGUCGGGUGAGUUUCAUCAAGCCCUGGGCCUCAGUUCUCCACCAGCCAACAUCACCACCUCCGCCGUGCCCAGCAUUGUCACGCCCAUUGUCAACGGAUUCACCGGCAUCCCUCAUCAGCCCAAUGGACACCCCGCUGUGGAGACUGUGUACACCAAUGGCCUGCCACCCUACUCUACCCAGAGUCCCACCGCUGCUGACACCCUCCAGCAAGCCUUCACUGGAGUACAGCAAUACACAGCGAUCUACCCAGCCACCACGCUGACUCCCAUUGGCCAGACACUGCCCCAACCACCCCAGGUCAUCCAGCAGCAGCAGCAGAGAGAAGGUGAGGGUCCGGAGGGUUGUAACCUGUUCAUCUACCACCUGCCACAAGAGUUUGGAGACAAUGAACUCAUGCAGAUGUUUCUGCCCUUUGGCACCGUCAUCUCCUCUAAGGUCUUCAUGGACCGGGCAACCAACCAGAGCAAGUGCUUUGGUUUCGUGAGCUUCGACAACCCUGCUAGUGCACAGGCAGCUAUUCAAGCCAUGAAUGGAUUUCAGAUUGGGAUGAAGAGGUUGAAAGUCCAGCUAAAGAGACCGAAGGAUGCAAGCCGCCCUUACUGACACAGCCUACCUUCAGUAUUCAUUGCAGCAGCACAGGUUUUAGAGGACACGUGAAGAUAUCUCGGAGGAGUUAAACUUUUUUUCUUUGAAAGCAAAAUAUGUUUUAAAAAAAUCAACACAUAAGGAAUUUUUGAAGACAUAUCAGCAUUUACUUAUGAAGAUAUAGGUUACGGCAGAAAAAGAAGAUGCGAAAGAGGAGCAGGCGCUUCACCGAGGGACUUAACAGUAACAGAUGGCACAGUGCAAGAAAGACGAGAAGAAAAAAAAACUGAAAAAAGAUGUGAUGAGACUGAACAACAGAACUUUUUCUUGUUGAGACUUGAAUUGUUAAUUAAGCAACAAACUAACAAACAAAAAAGCAGCAACAACAAAUAGAUUUCUAUAUACAUAUUAUAUACACAUAUAUAUAAGGAAAGAGGCGCUUGUGGCUUUUACUGUACUGGACAAAUGAGGGUUAAAACUUGAAGAUCAAGAAAAACAGUGGAAAAAAAGAAGCUAUUCUAUACGUCCACUGACAGACUUUCUUUCUCUUCCCCUCUUUCUCUUAUUCUCUCACCGUCUCUCUCAGCAAGCGCAGAACUAUGACUCUUGGAGGUCACUGAUGUUUCCAUUAGCAACAGUAGAACUGCAAAUCUUUCACCCCUAAGGGACCAAAGGACCAAACAUUUUUAUUGUUCUGAACAGUAAUAUAUAGUAUUAAUGAUACUAAUACUACAAACUACUACUAAUAAUAUUACAAGUUAAACUUAAGAAGAAUUACUAGCUUCAGGUUGAAAAAAAAAAGAGGAAAGGGGUUUUGGUUUCUUUUCCUUUUACAUUUAUAGCUACUGGGUUUGAGGAUAUUAAAACAAAACAGAAAAAAAAUGUUUAAAAAAAAUAAAGCUAUACUAUUUUAGUGGCGUAGAAUAUGUGGGUUAGACAUUGAUUCAGGCAUGUUCAGAUAUGUUAUUUUGGCACUCAUUGCUUCAUCUGCAUCACAGCAUUUCAUCUCGGACGUGUGAUCUGUCGGUGUUAUUGUGUCGGUAAAAAAAAAAAAACAGUCCUGUAGUGCCAAACGUGACGCAAUAAUAGCCUCUUAAACCAAACACUGCUGAUCUACAGAGUAUUUAGCUAUGUAAUGCAGCCUGUUCUUGUCACACACAUAUUGCACAUUGCAAUUCCAUAAUUGAAGUAAUUCCAUGUCAUCAUUAAAGCCUUGAUAUUAUAGAUAAUCUGACCAUAAAGCACUGUGGUAAAAGUGCCACCCGGCUGAGCUGGAUACGCAGCAGUUAAACAGCACAGCAUCUGUAACUGCUUAAUAAAAUAUACAAAUGAGCCUGACAGCAGUUGUAAAAAUUUCCAUCGGCGUGUCACAGUGGUCCAUGCCGGGUCGUGCCCUCUCCCGCUGCCAAGCUCCUCCAGCUGCUCUCAGCAGGCCAGAAGCAGACUCCCCUCCUCUUUCUCCUCCCCUCACCUCACCUCCAAGUGCCAGCAUAUCUCUCUCUUAAUAGGGACCAUCAGUUCACGGGGGCCAAGAGCUAACCCACUGCAUAAUUAGGAUAAUGAUAAUAUUGAUCAGAUGGGGAGCAGCGCCGCAGGGCAAGAGAUGCACAAUCAAUUACACAUUGGCAUUUUGAAUGAAUUGACUGAGUGACAGAGUCCAUUUUUUCCUCUCAGUUGUUGGAUGGGAGUCUUCUCUACCUCUCACUAUUACCCGGAGUGUCGGAGGGGACCCCGAAUCUGACAGAGGCAGCAUGUCCUGUGACGCACUUGGAAGGCACUUAUAUCUGUGUCGUUAUUGCAAAGAAGCAAAAAGGUGCAGAGGUUUACAUGGCUGUGACAGAUUCUGUAUUUAGUGUUUAGAGUCAAUUGUACGAGUUCUUCAGUGAAGAGCAGCUGUAUUUUUUUUUUUCUCCAAAGGGUAUAAUAGCACAGUAAGAGCUUGUACACAGUGAGAAACAGCCUGGCAUUACCAGCCUUAGGAGGUCAAAUUAAGAGCAAAAUGAUCCAUCAAUUAGACAGCAGCAGCCCUGCUACAGCUGCUGCUGCUUCAACAAGACAACAGCUUACCAUUAGCGCCGGUCACAAAUGGCUCCUAUACAGUGUGGUCACGACACAUCACACAGUAUCAGAUAUGAUUAAUUAACUAAACUAGCAUCAUCUGCGGUGAUGCUUUUACAAAGAGACACACGUACAGUGCAUCCGAGAUGAAAUCUGUUUUUCAUGACUUGUUUGCUUUUUUUCCAUUUCACUCUCAAAUUUGUUCAACUAACAUCCACUCAGUUGUCUUUUUAUUUGACAUUUUUUUCCCAUCAUGCCAUCCAUUGACGCAGUUUGCUCUGAAGCAGCUUGCCCCUCAGGACUCAGUAAGAACUCAGCGCUCUAAACUUUAGACACAUCAGUGCUUCAGUCAUCGAAUCACAAUGCUGUCUCUAUGGCCCCAUCCACACAUGUAGAGUUCACAAAACAGUACUACUAGGCCUCUGUAGUCUGGUACAACAAAUGCCAUCUCCAGAAUGGCUUCCCAGGUCCUGAUGACUGUAUCUUUUGUUUUUACCUUGGCUCGGCCACUGUAUGUGUAUGAUCACUGCUUCACAGGAUCAGUGUAAUUUCAAAGCGGGUGUUUAAUUUCUAGGAGACCAUUAACAAAUGUUGCUCUCAUUCACUGUAUAUUGUACUGUUGCAGGCAAUACUUAGAUGCUACAGAAAGAAAGUAUUUAAAAAUGCCUUUUCUCAUCAUGAAUUGCCAAAUUAUGCAAACAUAUCCACUGCAUUUCUUUAUCCUUUCCUUUAAAUAUGUGCCAGAUUCCUUGACAAUUUAAGCUGGUUUCCUAUAAAUGUGUUAAUUUUCAGGAAAUAUUGAUUAGUAGAAAGAAAUGUUUGAUUUUGUGAUGUAGUAUAGAGUAGGAGGUGGGUCAAUUCAGGCUGUAAUGAUAUAGAAUAGGGUUUUCCAGUGAAAAGGUUAGAUUUUAUAUUUAUUUGCCAGAAGACAGCUUCUUUUCCUCCUGGUGAGUUACUGUUAGUUUCCUCUCUCCUGUCAGGCCCCAGCAGCUUUAGGAAGCUGUGAUAUAUGCCCUCCUUUCCCCGGGCCAUACAGGGCCUUAUAAACCCACUCAAAAAUCUUCUUAUGAGAUUUCUACUAGAGAGUUUUUUAAAUUAUUAAAAUAAUUUAAUAAUAAAAAAAUAAUUUGGCCUUCACAACAGCUUGGGUAAUGCAAAUUAAAGAUGCCAGCUGUGGCUGAAACGUAAUGAGUUUGAAAAGAUGUUGAGUUAAUUUCAUUCUACCAAGAAGAAAAAUGAAAUUUGAUCGAAUGCAAUUAAAACAGUGAAGGUUUGUGGAUGGAGACAGUUUGCAUCUAGUGCAUAAUAAGCCUGAAUAUACAUAUCUUCUAUGGAAUUCAGAAAAGGGAAAGGAAAGUAAUGAAAUGACUGAAACCCAAAAAAUUCAUCGAGUUUAACAACAGUUUAACUAAAAAAGACAGGAAAUAGCAGCACUGAUUCCAAUAUUGUUACAAUUAAACUGCAUGUGGUCAAACUAAAGUUUAUCUUCUACAUUGUUUUCACUUUUGCAUCCUUUUGAAUCUUUUUUAUUUAUUUUUUUUAAAUAUUUGUCAUCCUACCAUGGUGCCCUUUCAAUCUCUGAGCAUGCUCAAUGGGGGCUGGGAGGGUUAAAGAUUAUGAUUAUGGUACUACUUGUAUUAACAAUAUGAUUCUUUAACUAUGGUUUGAAUGCUAAGGAUAGUAGCUUAUUAUAAAUAUGAAAUCUGUAUAGUAUGGAAAAUCAGCACAGGACCUUAUAAGUUAGGGUUUGAAAUGGGGGAGGGGUUGGGGGGUCGCUUUAUGAAGAUGUUAACUUUCUGGUUUCUCAGCACAAAGCAUACAAAAACAUAUAAACAGCAGUAUGAAGUCUGUGAAGAAGACUUUACUGACAUACAGGGCGCAAAAAGAGGAAUCUCAGUACUAUUCUUUAAACCUGGAGGAGAAAAUGACGUUUACAGGUUGUAUUGUUUUCCUUUCUUUUUAUUUAAAGGAGAGCGCCACCUGUUUUGUGGCAGCGUCAGUACAGCAUGGAUUAACUGACAGGGAAAGCAGUAUCUUUUUAUAAAAAAAAACUUUAAAAAAACUGUGUUCUGUAUUAGCCUGAGAAACCAAACGUUUUUCCCCUGUUGAAAUUUCUUAAUACUUGCUGCUUAGAUUACUUCAUAUUAAUGAUUGAUGAUUUAAUAAUUUUAUAAUUGAUUAUCGGGUCAAGUAUGUAACUUGAUGUUUAUUUAUUUAUCUAUUUAUUUUAUUUAUUAUUUAUUUAUUAAGCCACUUUUCUUUUCUUUAAUGGUUAUGGUAAGAUAAAGAUAUGUAUCAAAAAGAAACGCUUAUUGGGGCUUUUCUCUCUUUCUCUCCUUUUUUUCCAAUUUUACAAUAAAAAUUCGAACUGGA